GAAAAUAUGGCGGAUGCGCGUUGGUAAAGUUAGCGACCAAUCAGCUUACGAAGAUGGGACGAUAGCUCGGGAAACGAUUGGAAAUGGUGUGCGGUAGCGCUUGGAUUAUAGGAAAAUUGUACGGUAGCACGGUUUGCGGAUGGAUGUAAGCGCGAGUUUCGUUCUGUCAUGGAUAUUAUCGAACGGUGUGUCAUAGCUUUGUUCGAGCAUCGUCGUCGUGCCCGUCUUCGUGCUUAUUUUUGUGCUAAUCGUCGUCGACGUCGCCGGCGUCGUCGUCGUUGUUCUUCUUAUUGCUAGAUUCUUACAAAGUAGCAGCGCCUCUGGGCUCUGGGUUAAGAAUCGCAAAGGGGCGUACGCGUCUUUUGCAUGUAAAUUCUCGAUUCCAAUUUCGUACUUGCACCUUUUGUUUUUCUCUGGUGCCCCGAGUGAAACACACUGCAAGAACGUCGGAGUGGAGAGGGGGGGGGAGAAAGAGAGAGCGUUAGAGAGGGAAAGGGAGCGGGAGGCUUCCCCGUGAUUUCAUUCUAUCGUCCACGUGCUUUCGCAGCUUAGACCAGAGAUUCUCAAGUGACGGGUGCGGCGGUGAAAGAGUGAAAAAGGCAGGAGAGGGGGACGGGUUUGGUUUGAUCUCUCUCUCCCUCUUUUUUUCUCUUUCUUUCUAUGCCGGAAGGUAAGAAAGAGUGGGGGGUAGAGUCAGUACCGCGUCGACCUUAGAGGAGUCUAGCGCUCGUUUCGUUGCAUCGCGUUUAGUGCGUGUUCGUCAGUGCGCGAGUCAAUGACGACCUCGUGAACGCGCGAGAACGCGCGUGCUCGUGCGACGAUGCGCGUUUUCCGCGACGUCGAAAAAGAGAGAGAAGAAAGCAGAGAAUAUUAAGAAGAAGAAGAAGAAGAAGAAGAGGAGAAGAAGUGUGAGAAGAAUAAAGGAAGAAACCAACGCUACGAAUCAUCGUCGAAUCGUUCGAUCACACGGCAAGAAUUUACUACGUGAUAAAAUACAAGCGCGCGCGCGCGCGCAUAUUCAAGAGAAAACUUGCAUUUUGUCUGCACCACCUCAUCCUGCCCCUUUAUUUCGAGGAUAUCAACAUUUCUCUUGUUUCGAAAGGUGUUUAUUUUCGAAGCGAGACACGGUGGUUGGGAUUUUCAAGAAGCGCCAAAGUGAUUAGAAACGUAAGUUAGGUGGCGAUACUUUCGAGUGAAAGGGUAAGAAACGCGAACUUGUUGUUGGUUGUUGUUGUUGUUAUUAUUAUUAUUAAGACGAUCAAAGAAAAGGAUAACAACAAAGGUGAUAAAUCGAAUAAAAUAAUAAUAAUAAGUGAAAGAAACUUUGAAAAGAGGAGGAAGUCAAUGGAAUGAUGUCGUCGUGGUUGUUGUUACCGUUAUUAUUAGUGUUGCUGUUUUUAUCGGCCGAUAAUAAUUGUCGUCUUCGUCGAUAAUCCUUUGGCUCUUUGGUGUCGCGACGAUGUCGAGCGGCACGGGGGCCGUCGUGCGUCCUACCGGCGCCGAGUGCAGGAAGUUCGCACCAAACAUAUUCAACAAGAGCAAGUGCAGCAGCUGCUUCAAACAGAAAGAGGAGCACAGUGCGGAGGCUCUGGAAUGCAAUAGGGCAACAAGAAAGAUUUCAAAAUGUGGAUAUCUGUUCGUAGCACCUGGCUGGGACUUUUCGAAUCCUCUAAACCGGACAAAGAGAUGGCAAAGAAGAUGGUUCGUUCUUUACGACGACGGAGAGUUGACUUAUUCGGUCGACGAGCACCCAGAAACUGUACCACAAGCGCGAAUCGAUAUGACACGAGUAUUGGAGGUUGCAGCUGCUGAGGAUAUCACCGGGCAUCCUUACAGCCUGGCCGUGACCUCCCCCGAAGGCGUCACCUUCGUUAAGGGCACGUGUCGAGAUGAAACCAGAUGGUGGGCCGACGUUCUCCAAGUUUAUUCGCGAAACAAAGGUCGGCACAAGAGAAAUGCAACAUUUCCUGGCAGCCAGACGACGAUCCUCCAAGUUACGCCGAACAUUCGAAGUAACACGCCGAAUCCGCCACGGCCUCGGUUCAAUAGCUGCCGAUCAGAACCUCGAAGCAAUGCCAUUUGGAUUUCGGAAACGACGGGUGGCUCUUCGGAGCUCUGCUCUUCCGUAUUUUCAUCGACGCCUUCUUUGAUCACCACCAGCGUGGUGACGAUGACGAGUUGCUCGACGAAUUCUUUGCUAAGCAACGGUAACGUAGACAGCAGCAACGUUUCGCCGUUACGAAGCAGUACUCCUUUGGAGAACGGUACGAAUGGCCCUUAUUUGACGUCGUCCUCGUCGUCAUCAUCGUCAUCUUCAUCGUCAUCAUCGUCGGCAGCGGUAGUAACGUCAGUUUCCAUCAACGGAAACGGUAUAGUCGUGAGCACGACUUAUACAACGACACCGACGAGUACCGUCGUCGUCUCUUCCUUGAAUACAACAAUCUCGAGCACUUUGUCCAAUAGUGGUUCUAGUAUCACGUUGACCGAAAAACCACCAAUGAUACCUAACGAUGGUAAAACAACCUACAGGGAUCAACCCGCCAGUGGAUCCUCUCCACCUACCAGAGACAAAUUAUGCGCCGAAGACAAGGCUAGACGCAGGUCGAACCAUCAACAAGGAGAGCAUGGAUCCAACGAGAAGUUAGACGACGAUGCAUGUCGAAGAAUAUUCUUAGAACACGAAAGAGAACGGGAAGGAAAAUUGCGGGACAUUGCCGCGUCAUUGACUCAACCGCGAAUUCGCAGGAUUAAGCCUAGGAGUUCCGAGCCAACGAGGGACGUCGUAGAUGCCGCUAAUGCGGUCCAUCGAGACAAACUCGUUAGAGGCGACCCCGACGGUUGUGGAUUAGAUAUUUCUAGCAUUAGAUAUUCACCGACCUCCGAAUUAAGGGUCGAUUUACCAGCGGAAAAUGUACUGAAUAUUAAGAAAGGUUGGCUAAUGAAGCAAAGUUUAAAUAAGGAAUGGAACAAGCAUUGGUUCGUUUUACGAGGUUGUGGCCUGAUGUACUAUAGAGAUCCUUGUGCGGAGGACAAGGGCAUCAUGGAUGGCGUUAUAGACUUGAAUACCGUUACUGCGGUUACGCCGUUGCAGGUUGCAAGAAAUUAUGGAUUUCAAACCGUGGCCUGGGAUGAAAGAGGUAGCACCGUCCUAUCCGCGGUGACAGCCGGCAUUAGAUCCAGCUGGAUGUCGGCUAUCAGAAGAGCGGCUAAUCUACCUGAUCCCGAUAACAAUGGGGAAUCGUUGCCGAUAUGUUCGGACAAUCAACAAGAUACUAAUCCUCAAUCACCGACAACGUCUAUCAACGAUCGUGAAAGAGAUUCGGUGGUUCCUCCGACUUCGAAUACGCCUCGAUCGGUCCUAUUUUCCUCCGAUGAAGAAUACAGAACCGCAUCUGAGGGUGGACGGAGAGAAUCCGGUGACUGGUCGGAAAUUCCGGUUUCGCCCCCUCUUAUUAGAAACGGCGAUUGGUCUUUACCAUUGAAGGGGUCCAACUGGUCAGACACGACGAAUCACGAGUGGUCGGAAUUACCACCUUCGCCACCCUUGACGAGAACUGCUCUUUCGAGGGUCAAGGCGAGAUCGAGGUCGAGUUCGAGAUCGCGAGUUUACAAGAGGAGUCGUAGUUCGCCACCGAGUUCGCGACGAAGUACUCUGGAUAGUGUCAGAUCGGAGGAUCUUAUGAUGGCCUGUUGCGAGUUGGGAGAAGACGAGGAGCAAAGCAACGGACAUAUUCAAAACAGCAGUCGCCUUUCCGGUUCGAACGACAGUCCUUUAAUCGUCGAGCUCUUGGAGAACCAAGUCUCCCUCUUGCGCGAUCAACUCGAUCACAAUCAGCCUCAUCCGAGCGCGCUGCUAGUCAUCGUUGAACGUCAAGAAAACGAGAUAGAGAAAUUAAAGUCGCAGUUAAACACGGCGCUGUUAGACGUGGCCAACGCCGAGAAAGAAUUGUCCAGAUUGAGGCAGCAAAUGGCAGAGGCGGUAAUCAGAGAAAAACAGGUGGAAGAAUUGCUCGGCACGAUACAGAGAACGGAACAACAGAGGAACAAGGAUCUCGAUGAUUUGGAGAAACUCAAGAAGGUCUAUUCGAGAGAGAAAGAGAUACUAGAAUGUAAAUUAUUGGAAACCGAGGCUAUUCUUAGAGAAACGAGCGAACGAUGCGAGAUGCUUACGAACGAGUUGUCAUCGAGUCACGGAAACGUCGAACAUUUGCAGGAAGAAGUGCAGGCACUUGGCGAAAGACUCUCUCAAGGUAUCGAAGAAAACGAACGAUUAUACAAUAGAAUGAGAGAACUUGAAGAAAGAGGUGGUCUUUCCGGAUCUCGGGAACGCGGUAGAAGCUUUGAUUCUCUCAGCGAUCUAACCAAUAUAGAUUUGGACAUGGAUCUAAAUAUGCUGGACAAGGAGAGGAUCGUUGAAGAGUACGACGAACUGCGGGUUCGAUUCGAGAAGGCCAUCUCGGAGAUACGUGCUAUGCGUAAAGAAUUGCGCGAAGCACACUCGACGCAGGAUGCAUUAGAAUUGGAGAUAUUUGCUUAUAAACAGGAUGCCAUCGGUGUCAGCGAGACGAAUCAAGCACAGGUUCAAUUGAUGGCUGCUCGUAUUCAAGAUUUAACCAACAAGCUUGCCGCCAGCGAGAAACAAGUCAGAACGCUCAAGCAGAAAUUGACGAAGGCGGAAACUAGGGACAAGAGGAGAUCGCUCUCCUUGAAGGGAAGAGAAUCUUUCCAGAUAUCUCAGGAAAUGGAGGAUAAGCUGUUGGACUUGGAAAAUAAGAUAUGCGCUAUAGAACGUGGUAAGAGCAUCGGUGGUGGUCCGAUUUCCUCUACCGGUGCUAGUUCAAAGGAAUCGAGUCCUACUUCGAAGAAAGAGAAAGAUAAUAAGGAGAAGAAAAAGGAAGGGAAACAUUUGGAUCGCGCUAGAUUGCGUAGAAAAUCGUUGGACAGCGCGACCAGUUCGGAACCUAUGAAAGUGUUAAUCAGAUUAAGCACACUGGAAACCAAAGUUGCGAGCGUAACCGAAAACAUGGCCAGCGAUGCGGAAAAAGAUUCGAGCGAAUGCAGCGAGAUGAGCGGUAGUGCGGCGGCGACUUCCGCCGGUAACGAGCUACCUUUGGAAUUUCUCUCGAGGUUGAAGAAAUUGGAGAGAGUCGUGUGGAAGUCGAAGCGACGAUUGGAAAAAUGUUUGGGUUCGACUCAGACCGAGGACAAAGCGGAGAAAUGCUUGCGCGAGGUCAACGAUAUUCUCGAUUCGUGCUUAGAUUGUAAGAAAGGCCAAGUCAGUGGUCAAAUCGGGGAAUCGGUAGGAAUAGUGGUAUGUAGAUUAGAGGCUAUACUUAAGGAUAAACUAAGCGAACUCACAAAGAGACGGCAAACGCUCGCAUCGAACGACCGCUUGGAUGAUAGGGAGAAAGUCAAGUUGAUCGCCGAAAGGAUAGCGUUCGAAUCCGUGAUACUUGGACGAUUAAAGCGCGCAAUCGGCGGUACCUUUGGAGAUAAGAGCGCCGUUCUCAGUGAACUAAUCGAAACUAGUCAGCUUGCCUCAAGCUUAAAGCAUAAGAUUCAUGGAACCAAGCCCAAAACCUACCAAAACACGAAUUACAUUCAGUAUCUUUCUAAAGUCUUAGCGAAUAAGUUAGUUCUCGUAGGAGGCGUUCUCCCAGUUAAAAUGGAGACAUCGCUACAACUUUGCAACGCUAGAAGCGAGAGCUUGAAUUUCUUGUUGCAAAAGCAAAAGGAAGUUGACGGUAUCGUCGGACGAUACAAGGAGACCAAAUUAAGAGAGCUGGCCCAGGCCUUGGCGGUCGAGACGCUUAAUUUGUCCGAUCAAGAUGACCAUCCCGCGAAACAAAUAAACCUUUCGAGCAAAAAAUUGCUCGAAGACAAACGUAUUCGCGAAGCUUGGGCUCUCGCUCAGGAGACGGUCAACAAGGAGCUUGUGCAAAGCGAGGUGUCACGCGUUAUAUUGCAUUGCGCGCAGAUCUACGAACAGGAUAUCUCGUCUGUCCUCGACACUUGUCUCAACUUUAACGAGGCCGGAUGCGUCGGCUUGGAAAACUGGGCGGACGAAACGCGAUCUAAAUUACGCCAAGAGAUUCAAUUUUCCGUAGAUGAAUUAUCCGAAGUUUACGAAGAUUCUCUUCGAACGAUGAAAAGGAACAAGAGUUUCGCCAAUGCGGAAUACGAUUCUCGUCGACUCUUGACUGAUUACGCCGAUGUAAUCGCGCAUAAAGCUUUAAUAGAUGCCAGAAUCUCUCUUCUACAAAAAAACACGAAACCGUCAACCUCUUUCAACGGUCAAAGCGGUCAGAGUUUUCUAUCUAGUCUCAUACGAAACGAAGACCUUCUCUAUCAUUUAACCGAGGAUAAAUCUAGUAAAUUCGAUAACGAUCUCGUUCUCGAAGCAGAGUGCAAUUAUCUUUAUCGACAGUUUGCCGAAGAGUGCGAAGAGAGAAUAUCUGGUAGGCAAGAAUCGAAGGAACGACUUAAAACGAUAGGACAACAUUUAGGAUAUCUCGAGGAGGACAUUUGUGGACUCGCCAAAACAAUCAAAGAAAAAACAAGCGCAUCGGCGACCAAAAUGGUCUGCCAGUUUCAACGUUCCAGUAGUGGACUAACAGAUUGGACAAACGUUUGCGAAAAGUGUUCUCACUUACGUGAACAAAUCAAAAGAUUAGCCGAUUACGUCGAUCGUAUGUCCUGCAAGCAGUGCGAAGAGUUACAAGAAACUAUAAAGAGGCUAACGGCUCGUCACGAGGAAGAGCUGAAAACGCUCAAGAGAAAUCAGGAGAAGGACAUAAUGGACAUAAAGGGUGAACUCGAUAAUCAAAGACAAUCCCUUAAGACGCAGUACGAGCAAGAAGCGGCUAAUCUACGAGAAAGGGCGAGAAAAUUGGAACAUAGAUUGAACGCUAUGGAUUCCGAACAUUAUGCUCACGUAAACGAACUGCGUGCCGUUUAUCAAAGAUCCAUAAGCGCAGAAUUGGAUACCGAUGCUGAGACGAGGAAAAGAUACAAAGACGAGAUUAAGCACCUCAGGGCACUUUGCGAAAAGGGAUUAUUAGCCAUGGAAAAUUCACAUCGACGUAUUAUUUCGGAAAUGGAAGAAAAGCAUCGACAGGAAUUGGAAAAUUUGAGAGUCGAGAAGGAGCAAGCUCUCUCGGAAGAAACACAAGCGACUUUGGCUGCCUUGGAUGCCAUGAGAAAAGCGCACGAACACGAGGUGCAGAAAGAGAUUGCAAAGUUCAAGCAAGAAUUCAUUAAGCAAAUGCAAGCUAGAGAAGAUAUCGGUGAGCUGCACAAAGAACACGAAGAAGAGAUGGAAGAAAUAAAGCAGGAAAUUCUUUCAUUAUCUGCCAAAUAUUCAUCGAAAUGCGUCGAGUCUGCUGCUUUGGAGGAAAAAGUAGGUACGCUUACAAAGCAACUUGCACAAGCGCAACAGCACAUAAUGCAGCUAGAUGCUAGGAACAAGCAGUUGAGGGCCCACUUUUUGGUCGAUUGUAGCGACGCUGGUAUCAACGAUACUAUUCAGAUUUUAAAAAGCGGAGAGAAUGACACAGUCGAACCGAAGGAGGAACUUUACAAGCUACCACAGCACAUAAAACAUGGGGACACCCUUCGUGAAACGACCGGUGUACCACAGAAAUCUUCGUCACUAAACACCUCGCCAGCGUACUCACCGCAGCGUGUAAGAAAUAAUCACGAAUUGAUGCAAGGAACGAGUGAGGAGCAGAAAUUAACGAGUGAACGCCCAAAAAGCUCCUUAUCCACGCUUCAAAAGUCCCUUUCGGCGGAUAAACCGACCAGCUUCUCGUACAAGCUCGAGCGAAUUAAAUCCAUAUCGUUGCCUUACUCGAAUAAUUUAGUUAGGCCGGGGAGUAGUACUGCUAUUUCAUCGCACGAUAGGAAAGAUACGAUCUUAACGCAAAAGAACGAAGAACAUAAUGGCAUAGCAUCGCCAUUAUGGGACAGCUUAAGACCAAGGAGCGGAUUGCCCCAUCAGUAUCAAGGUGGCACAGCAGAGAUGCGAAUCAACGGUACUGGCAGUCGGAAACAGGAGGACAAACAAAGUAAAAAGCAGCAACAAUCGGAGACAUACACCCUCCGUACCGACACUCGUCACCCAUCCUACCUCAGCUCGGAACCCCCAGCUCUCUCCGUUGCAGAGCUGAUGAGGAGGUCUCCAUUAUUGAGGUGGUCGAGCAGAAAUUGUCGUAGCUUGCCUCCUACACCUCUACCGAGUUAUCAUCAACCGCUCCACCCCCCACUCCCCGCGGUGGGCAUGGUUGCAGAGAGGAAGAAGCGUUUCGAACUUUAAGCCCUGUCCAUCUUUCGCUUAAAUUACCGAAUCAUCGAUUUGUACGCACGAGUCGCAUCGUUUUUUACGCUACGUAUCCAAACCGAUUUUACUAAAGCGUGCAAAAUUCAUUGUUCUUUUAUUCCUGUGCUCAUUUGGUAGCUCAUGCACAUUCUUUCCUUUUUUUUUUUAACGUUUUUCUUUUUUUUUUUUGUUUUUAUUGCGCAGAGAUUCAGGAAUUGAAAUGCGUGAAAACUCGACAUUUAAAAUGCAUUCCUUGUAAAUGUUAUUUCAAGGAUACGCAUACAUAAUUAGUAUACUUUGAUAAUGUGCAAUAAGUCGUGCUCAAAUACGUGCUUACCUUGUAUCGCAUCACUCUAUUGAGCAUGUUUAUAAGGUAAACAUGAUUCAAUAAUAAUAAUCGAAAGGAGUCUUUAGGCUCGUCUAGAAGGAAGUGGAUUCUUUACGUCCAUCUUCGUUUCAGGUGGCUUAUACUAUGAAUGUUCAUUAUACGCCUAUUCGUACGAUGGGUUGUUUUUGAGAAAGUUUAUCCAGAAAGUUUUUCUAAUUACAUUCAUAUACGAGAUCGACGCAAGAUCAACGCGAGAUCAACGCGGCGACGACUGUCCUUUGAUAUGCAUUUAAACUUUGAUAACAAAUUUUUCCGUAGAUACCAUUAGUCUCUUUGCUACGAACAACUUUAUAAUAUUUGAAAAGCGCUGUUCUUCGUUCUCUUAAAAAAAAAAAAAAAAGAAGAAAAAUAUCAUUUUUAGCCGAAAAAAAAAUUUUCUGCGCUACAAGCUUGGUGCGAUAAUUAUAUACAAUUAAACGAAGAAACGAGCGAAGAAUAGGGAAACAUUAAGUCAUGAAUCAUGUAAACAAGAAAAAUAAUUUCGUGAUAAUUGCUAUAGUAUAUAUAUCUACUAUAUCAACGCAUACGUAUCUCGAUGUUUAAUCGUCCGAGAUAAUGAUGAUAUAAUCUAUUUUAAAAUAUCUGUUUUGCAGAUAUCUACCUGUUACACACACACUUCUUAUGUUGAAAAAGAGUUAACAGAGAGUUCAUUUUAGCUGGAACAAGCUCAAAUUUCUAUUAUUCUGUUAUAUAUUUUUUAUUUUGAUAUUAAAAUUUGGUCUGUAUUAUGAACUUUGUGAUCGUGACAUGGAAUAAAUCUAAAUUAAAACUGUUAAUAUGCAAAAAGAGGAAUGAUAUAAAAAAGAAAGGACUUUUGUUGAUUUAGAAUCGAAAAGAAAUGUUAUGCUUGUUUUUUCUCUUGUUAUGUACAGAUUUUGCACAUAAUUAUGCCGUUAUAUCGUCGCAUUGUGUAUUAUCGCAUCUUUCAUCGUGUAAAUGUUUUCAGAUUGCGAUUCAUUUGAUGUUAAUACUGUAUAGUUUAUGAUGUUUUUUUUAAGAUAUCAAAUAUAAAUAGUUUGGAAUUAAUCAUUUUCCAUUGUAAAUGGAUUGAUUCUAUAUAUAUAUAUAUAUAUAUAUAUAUAUCACUAUUGUAUUUUACUUUACAAACCCCAUCGCGAUCCGUUAUUGCAGCGUAACUCGCAUGUUAUUAGAACGGUAAACGAUAUUAACAAAAUUCAUUAUCUCUUAUGUAAUUACUCAGGAUUGUUUAACAAUUAUAAUAUAUUACGAUUAUGAUAUUGUAUUUGCAUUAUAAUUUAUAACACGUUUGAAAUAAAAUAUGGCAACUAUCGUGUAUAUUUUGCUUUA